AUGGCUCCUAAAAUGAAGUUUUCUGAAGGUGAAAAAGUGUUAUGUUUUCAUGGACCUCUUAUUUACGAGGCAAAAUGUCUUAAGAGUUCGGUUACAAAAGACAAACAUGUUCGGUAUUUAAUUCAUUAUGCUGGCUGGAAUAAAAACUGGGAUGAAUGGGUUCCUGAAAGUAGAGUUUUAAAAUACAACGAGGCUAAUGUGCAGAGGCAGAAGGAGGUCCAGAGAGCGCAUUCAGCACAACCUGUCAAAACAAAGAAAACUACCGCUAAGGGACGCAAAUCGGAGACGGCUACAGGCGCUACUCCGGCUCGGGAAGAAUCCAGGGCAUCCACACCUGCAGGUAAAGAUGUGGAGACGCCUACAGCGCCAGCUAAAGCCACGAAAACACAGAGUAAAGAUACUCCCGCCGAUUCGGGCUCGGAUCAACCUAAAAAGAAACGGGGCCGCCUCGAUUUGUCGAUCGAGUCGGAGGAGCAGUAUUUAGCGAAAGUUGAAGUCAAAAUCAAAAUACCGGAGGAACUGAAAGUGUGGUUGGUCGACGACUGGGAUGUGAUCACAAGACAACAAAAGCUGGCCCUUUUGCCCGCGAAACUCACCGUGGAGCAGAUCGUAGACAAUUACCUCGCAUUUAAAAAGUCCAGUAAGUCUCACAACUCCGCAAAGGAAUCAGUUCUAGUUGACAUCACCGAAGGAAUAAAGGAAUAUUUUAAUGCAACACUCGGAUCACAACUUUUGUACAAAUUCGAAAGACCACAGUACAGUGAAAUAUUGCAAGAAUAUCCGGACACACCGAUGGCCCAAAUUUACGGCUCAAUACAUUUGUUGCGUUUGUUUGCAAAGAUGGGGCCGAUGUUAGCGUACACAGCGUUGGACGAAAAGUCCUUGCAACACGUUCUGACGCAUAUUCAAGAUUUCCUAAAGUACAUGGUGACGAACAGAUCAACGUUAUUCAAUUUGCAGGACUAUGGCAACGCCACGCCCGAGUAUCACAGGAAAGUGCAGUAG